UUUGGGCUUCCGCCACCAACUUCGGAGAAAACAGAGGCACCGCUCGGAAACAGGAUUGGGUAAAAUAAAUUGUGGGCGGGGCAGUGUCCAAUCCACGAGGGCAAUGGGUGUCCCAUCGGAUGGCGCGAAUGAGGAAAUGCUCCAAUAGGCGCAACAGGAGGCGGGAACGGGGUUUGAAUGUUUGGCGGAAAAAACAAGAUGGCGGUACGGAGGCAGCUGAGGCUUCUUUUUCAGGAGCCCCAAGUGGGUGGUGCAAUUACGGUAGAGCGAACGGAACUUGGGACCGGCGAAUAUCCCCGGCCGCAGCAACGUAUGAAGACGCCGGAGGAUGCCAGGAAGUGGGUUCCGGGGCUUCGGGGACUCAGGUUGGAGGACUGCGCGGUGUACCAGUGCCGGAGGUGCCGUGCAGUACUAGGGGACUCGCUCCACCUGUGCGCUCAGGAGGGGACUCUCCGCCUUCUUGUUUGCUUCAAAGUCACAGAUGAUGUUGUUGUGGAAGAUAACUUAAUGGUCUGUGUUGAAGGAGAUCUCAUUGGAUGCACCUACAACAUGUUAAACUGUCGGUCAUGUGGGACAGGUGUUGGCUUCAAGCUCUACUGUUCAAAAUCUCUUGCUUAUCUGCGAGGCCUCUUCUGCCUUUUCAAGGACAGCAUUAUAUGUUACUUGUUAAAAACUAAAACCACAGUUGAAGCCUCAAAGGUGAUCUGCCCUCCAGUGAGCCUGAAGGACCAUGUACAAAAGUUGAAAGAGAACCUUGUACUAGUUCACAAGCGUAUAGAAUUGCUAAUUAAGAAACUAGAAGACUUAAACCAGCAGACAGCCUUAGUAGAAAAUCCGGGCUAUAAACCAAGACCACAUGGUCACGGAGCUGGAUCCACAAGGAAGAAGUCAAAACAAUUAACUGGUUGAAUUUCUGCAGUCAUCUUAGCUGUGAAGAAUAUGAGCAUCCGAAGCAGUCGUCUCACAGCUAAUGCUUUGGCUAUAUUUGAAAAUGGCAGUUGAUGUGAUUUUAGGAAUGGCAUGAAACUGUUUUCUUAAUGUGGGUUUAGGAAUGAUGAAACUGUUUUUUUUACAGAAGGCUCAAGUACAUUCAUUGUUUGGAUAUGAAGUAGCUGUAAUAGAUCAUUUUUACAUAUUAAAAUUACAGACAUGAUUGUAA